AUGGUGAACUCAUCAAGAUCUGUGAAAUUAUGGUUUUCCAAACAAGGUGAUGAUCAAAUCCUAGGUUCUGGGCACAAUGGAAAUUAUUUAGGAUGUCUUGAAUUAAUCUCUAAAUUUGAUCCAUUUCUUUCUACUCAUAUUGACAAGUAUGCAAAUAAAGGCAAAGGAAAUAUGUCAUAUUUGUCGAAUACUAUUUGUGACGAUUUAAUUUUAACCAUGACUAAAACUGUUUUAGAAAAUAUUAUUCAGGAAACUAUAACUUCUAAAUAUUUCUCAAUUAUCAUAGACUCUACACCUGAUAUAUCAAAAGUUGAUCAACAUACAGUUGCAAUAAGAUAUAUUCUACCAGACUGUUCACCUGUUGAACGUUUUUUGGGAUUUUUACCUUCGGUUGGUCAUAAGGCAAAAGAUAUGGAAUUGGCUAUACUUCACUUUUUUUCUGAUCUUGGGAUUGACAUGAAAAACUGUAGAGGACAAAGUUAUGACAAUGCUCAAAAUAUGUCUGGAAUUUAUAAUGGAUUACAAUCCCGUAUAAAAAAAAACUCUUCUACUGCUGAAUUUGUGCCUUGUUCGGCGCACUCACUGAAUUUAGUUGGUACAUUUGCAGCUGAAGAGACUAGUGUAGGUAAUCGGUUUUUUAUGACCACUCAAGGUUUGUAUACUUUUUUUUCUGGUUCUACAUCACGUUGGAAGAUCUUAGAAAAUGAACUUAAUUCUAUUCCUAAUUCAACAUUGCUUAAAAAUUUAUGUCCUACAAGAUGGUCAUCAAGAUAUUUUGUUUGCAAGUCAAUAAAAAAUGGUUAUAAAAAGAUUGUUGUUGCAUUACAAAAUAUAUCAGAAGAUGUAAGUCAGAGGCCUGCUACAAGACAUGAAGCAUUAGCUCUAUUAAAAAAAAAUGAAAAACCUAGAAUUUACAUUCAUGUUAGUCUUGUGGACACCUAUAUUAGAAAGAUUCAACAUGACCAGCAAAAGUUUACAAUAUGUUGA